ACAGUCGACAAUCGCGUUUUCGUGACGUCGCGUAAACCAGUCCACUGCCUGCUCGAACAAAAAAAAAUUGUGCGCUCUUUCCGUUCCUUCCACGAAUAAUACAUAACGGAAACGGUCCUGCUUUCAUGGGAAAGAAUUCACGUAUUGCCUGAAGUUUUCGAGUGGUCCAUCAAUUUCCACGAACCUGUGAGCUACCGGCUUCCUGGAUCUAACCAAUCCCCCGAGGAAUUAUUGAUUUUUCUUGCUCAGAUCAACUACGUUUCAAUCAUGAACGGUCUAAACGGACACGCAAACGGAGAACUGAACGGUUGUGGUGAUAUCAUCACCCAGAAUCAGCAGAAGGGCUGCUGGACCAUCGGCCUUAUCAAUUCGAAAUUCCGCUACUUGACAGCGGAAACGUUCGGUUUCAAAAUAAACGCUAACGGCACAUCGCUGAAGAAGAAACAGAUAUGGACUCUGGAGCCAGAACCGACCAGCAAUGGAGAAAGCAUGAUCUACCUGAGAUCCCACCUGGACAAAUAUCUGGCCGUCGAUUCAUUUGGAAACGUGACCUGCGAAGGCGAAGAUAAAGAACCCGGAAGCAAAUUCCAGAUCACCGUGGCUGAAGACGGUACUGGCAGAUGGGCCCUGAGGAACGUGGUCAGAGGCUAUUUCUUGGGGGCAUCCUCUGAUAAGUUGACGUGCACUGCCAAAGUUCCUGGCGACAGCGAAUUCUGGCACGUGCAUCUGGCAGCUAGACCACAGAUGAAUCUGAGAUCGGUCGGAAGGAAAAGAUUCGCUCAUCUUUCCGAGAAUCUCGAUGAGAUCCACGUCGAUGCAAACAUACCAUGGGGAGAGGACACGCUCUUCACUUUGGAAUUCAGGCUAGAGGAAUCCGGCAAAUAUGCCAUCCAUACUUGCAAUAACAAAUACCUUUCUCUAAGCGGCAAACUAGUAGAUUCCUGCACCCAAGACUGUCUCUUCUCGGCCGAGUACCACAGCGGACAGCUAGCCCUCAGAGAUAGGAACGGCGCCUAUUUGAGCCCUAUCGGCUCCAAGGCCGUCCUCAAGACCCGUUCCAACACCGUCACCAAAGAUGAACUUUUCAGCCUUGAAGAUUCCCUGCCCCAGGCCAGCUUUGUGGCCGCCCUGAACGCACGAUUUGUUUCCGUCAAGCAAGGUGUGGAUGUGACUGCCAACCAAGAUGAAAUUUCCGAUCAUGAAACAUUCCAACUGGAAUUCGACUGGAGUGUGAAGAGAUGGUACAUCAGAACUAUGCAGGAUAGAUAUUGGACACUUGAAGCAGGUGGAGGAAUUCAAGCUGCAGGAGACAAAAGGUCUUCAAAUGCACUUUUCGAUCUCGUCUGGCAGGGCGACGGAUCUGUGGCCUUCCGAGCCAACAAUGGCCGUUACAUCAUCACCAAGAGGUCCGGUCACCUUUACGCAACUUCAGAGGCGGUGGAUGAGAACUGUAAAUACUUCUUCUACCUAGUCAACAGGCCCAUUCUGGUGCUCAAGUGUGAGCAGGGAUUCGUAGGCUACAAAUCCUCCAACAAUCCCAAACUGGAAUGCAACAAGGCCACCUACGAGACCAUCCAAGUCGAAAGGGCCGAGAAGGGAGUCAUAUACUUCAAAGGACAAAACAACAAAUACUGGCAUGCCGACAGCGAAGGUGUUGUGGCCGAUUCCGACACCCCAGAAGGUUUCUAUUUGGAAUUGCGUGAACCAACUAGAUUAGCAAUAAAAAACACCAACGGAAGUUACUUGACCGCCGGCAAAAACGGUGGUUUCCGCUUAGGCGACACUUCCAUCGAAAAUUCAACUAUGUGGGAAUAUUAGGUUGUGAAAAAGUCCCAUUUUUAAUUAUUAAGUUUUUCAAUUAUUGUGCAUUUAAAGAUUUUGAUAUAUUGAAGAUUUAAUUGUGAAUUAUAUUUAUUUUAAUGUAUUUAUUUAUUGAAGUCCGAUAUGCAACUCUUCUUGUGAUUGUUCUCGAAAUUUUUCCCAGGUUAAUUUCGAAUUGUUCAUUUCCAUAGUGUUGUUAGUGUGUUUUUAUCGUAUCUUAUCGAUACAAAACGCUCAUUGUAUUAUAGAUAUAUGAUAUCUGGUACUGUUGUGAAUAAAAGCUGGGUUACAUUACCUUCACGGAUUAUGAAAGUCUAUGUAAACUGCCAAAUUUAAUCUAAACCCAAUCAUAUUUUCUGUAAUUUUACAACGUAACCAAAUACUUGAAAUUUAAUGAUAAGCCUCUUAUACAUUAUACUUAUAUAUUUUGCAUUAUAUACAUAUAUUUGUAUUUUAGUAUUUAAGGAGGAAAAUGAUUUUAGAGAAUCAAUGUUUUUCUACUGUUACUGGGAAGCGAAUACAUAUGGAUUUUUUAACGCCAAUAAUGUCUAGAUUUAGAUUCUAAUGUAAAUCUUCCGUCAUUCCACCGGCAUAUAAACCGUCGAUUCAUCGAGUGUAAAUAUUCCUAAACAGUAACUAGUAAUACGACAUUAUGUUAGUUAUUAUAAUCAUAGCUAGUUAUGACCGCCAGAUGUAAUGCAUUUACAAGUACUUAUGGAAAUUGGAAAACAUGUUUGUAUCCUGAAUUUUCUAUCACAUAUCUUGAUAUCCUAGUUGUUGGCAUAGUUUUUCAUUUUUAUAUGGAUAUUUAGCUCCUACUGAACAAAGUUAUUUAUUGCGAUUAUUUCAUAUGUGUAGCUUUGUGAAUAAAAACACAAUAAAA